AUGGCGACCCCGAUUCCACGACCACCAGGGGUGCCUAUUUUGGGCAACAUCAAGAACAUCGACACCAAGAACACCUGGGCGUCUCUCAAGAAGCUUUCCGAGACGUACGGCGAGAUCUUUCAAAUCAAAGUCCUCAACAAAACAAUCGUCUUCGUUGCUGGUGCCGCGCUUGUAGAGGAACUUUGCGACGAGAAACGAUUCCGCAAGUACGUCGGCGGUCCCAUCGUCGAGAUCCGAUACGCAGUCCACGAUGCUCUGUUCACAGCCUACGACCACGAGGAAAACUGGGGCAUCGCCCACCGCAUCAUCGCCCCCAAAUUGACGGCAGCGUCCGUGGCGGAGCGUUUUACGGACAUGCUCAGCACGACAAACGAGCUUCUCGAGAAGUGGAAGGGCCUCGGCGUCAACGCUGAGGUGUCUGCCAUUGGCGAGCUCAACAGAUUGAACCUCGAGGCUACGACGCUGGCACUCUUCGGCAAGAAGCUCAAAUGUCUUACUGGACCAGAACACCCGAUGCUUCGAGGCAUGGAGGACUCGACAUCCGAGGCAAUGCAGCGACCUAAUCGACCUGGUCUCUUCAACUGGCUCUUUUAUGGAAGCAAGUUCAAGAAGGGAAAGCAAGUGAUGCGGGCAUACGCCGAAGAUCUGGUCCAAUACCGGAAAUCCAAUCCAUCGGACAGGAAGGAUCUCUUGGCUGCCCUUCUCAGCACAGUGGACUCCGAGUCGGAGAAGGCUUUGACUCACACCCAAGUCAUUGACGAAAUAGUCUCCAUGCCCAUCGGCAGCAGCACGGCGCCAGGCAUGGUCAGCACUGCCAUCUACUUCCUGCUGAAGAACCCUAAUGUCAUCACUACCGCGCGCAAUGAGCUCAAUCGUGUUGUCGGUGACGGUGAGUUGACCUUUGCGCACCUCUCGCAGCUCAAAUAUAUCGAGGGCAUCGUCCGCGAGUCUCUGCGGCUUUCUUUCGCCGCCCCAGGGUUCAACAUUGAGCCCAUCCCUAAGGACGGUGACAAGAGCCCCGUGUUCCUCGCAGGAGGCCAGUAUCAGAUCGCCUACAACCAGCCCAUGAUCGUCGUUCUCGCGGGUGUGAACCGGGAUCCUUCGGUCUUUGAAGACCCAUUGGCUUUCAAGCCUGAGCGUAUGAUGGGUGACAAGUACGAGCAGCUGCCUUUGAGUGUAAGAAGGUCCUAUGGUAAUGGAAAGCGAGAGUGCAUUGGUAAGCACUAUGCGUGGUUGUGGAACAUGGUUGUGGUGGCCAAGUUGAUCAAGGAGGUGGACUUCACUAUGGCGGAUCCUUCGUAUGAGUUGAAACAGGACGGGUGGUUCAACUUGAGACCGGUGGACUUCCACGUCAGAGUCAAGACGCGGGUGGACAGCAAGGCGCCUUUACUUUAA